GAAUCCCAUUAUCAUCGAAUCAAAUCUCAAUAUUAAAUUCUCUCUCCACUAAUCACAGAGAGAGAGAGAGAGAGAGAGAGAGGGAGAGAGAGUGAAUAAGAAGACAGAAUCAAAAUCAGAGCCAGAGUUUCAGUCUUUGAGACUCUCUCCGAUCGAGAAAGUCGGUUACUAUUUUCCGGCAAUGGGAGCUUGCGCUUCCCGGCCCAAGGGCUGGGCCUUGAGAUUGUCAAAGAAGAAGAAGAAUGGCCGCCAAAGACGAAUCAUUCGGAGGCGUGUUUCCUCCUCCAACCGAUCUAACUUCAACCCACAGCUCCAAGGAAGCAUGGACGGGGCUUGGUUUGAUUGUACUUCAGUGAUGGAUUCGGAGCGAGGAGACGAAGAGUUCUACAGUGUCUAUGAUGAUGUGGUGUCUUUGAAUGGUUCGGAGAGUGCGAUACAGAGAACGAGGGAAGGCGGUGCGGAUGAGAGUGAUAGAAUGCAAGGGUUGGUGGUUGUUCAGAAUGCUUGCCUGCCUUGUCUACCUUCAACUAGCCCCUUGUCAGUGGAUAACAAACUGAGUUUUAGGAAGAGAUUGGGGCCUUCUAGGCUUUCGUUUAAGUGGAGGGAAGGGCAUGCUGCUCCGGCUGAUCCCACAUUAGUUUCGCCCAGGGCGGUUGUUAAAAGACCAAUAGCAGGUUCGACAAUUCCACACUGCCCGAUGGGCAAGAGAAUGCCAGAUUGUUGGUCACCUCUUGAGCCAAACACUUUCAAAGUCCGGGGGAGGAAUUAUCUUAGGGACAAAAAGAAAGAGUUAGCUCCAGAUUGCGCUGCGUAUUAUCCUUUUGGGGUUGAUAUUUUUUUAUCUCAGAGGAAGAUUGAUCAUAUUGCUCGCUUUGUGGAACUUCCUGUUGUGAAUGUAGAUGGAGAUGUCCCUUCUAUUCUUGUUGUAAAUGUUCAGAUACCUUUGUACCCUAUAUCUAUGUUUCAGAGCGAACAUGAUGGAGAAGGAAUGAAUUUGGUUAUGUAUUUUAAGCUUUCUGAAAGUUACUCAAAAGACCUUCCAGCUCAUUUCCGCGAAAGUUUAACUAAAUUCAUCAAUGAUGAAGUGGAAAGAGUUAGAGGAUUCCCUGUUGAUACAAUUGCACCCUUCAGGGAAAGAUUGAAAAUAUUGGGCCGAAUUGUAAAUGUGGAUGAACUCAGCAAACUGAAUUUAAAUGCAGCUGAGAGGAGGCUAAUGAAUGCAUGCAAUGAAAAACCUGUCCUUUCACGCCCUCAACAUGAAUUUUACUUGGGAGAAAACUACUUUGAGAUUGAUUUGGAUUUGCACAGAUUCAGCUAUGUGUCUAGAAAGGGUAUUGAAUCAUUUCAUGAGAGAAUGAAGCUAUCCAUACUGGAUUUUGGUCUGACAAUUCAGGGGAAUAAGGCAGAAGAAUUGCCCGAGCAUAUUUUAUGCUGCGUACGGUUGGAUGAACUUGACUACCAUAAUCGAUACAACCUGGGAACUUGAGUCAAUAACCCCAACAAGUGCUUGAAUACUCAGGAACAAGGCAGAAGUAUUGCCGGAGCAUGUUUUAUGCUGCGUACGGUGGAUGAACACGACUACAAUAAUUAGUACCAUCUGGGAACUUGAGUCAAUAACCCCCUGUAAUCCCAAGAACUUGAUUCAAGGUUUUCAGAUCAGAUAGAACAUACAAACAAGUUAACUUCUACGAUACCAUAGGUUUCUUGUAGAUCACACUUCACCCCCUGAAGUCUGCAGUACCUUUUGAGCAUCUCUAAUUUACUUGUAUAUAUCUUUUUGCAAUGUACAGUCUUGCCAAGAAGAGAAAUAAAGGUGAGAAAAUAUUUUAUUUA